AUGCUUGGAAACGAUGCGCAUCACAUAUCGUCUGAUUUCGGUCCUUUAUUCCACUACCAGUAUCGUUUGAUACUGAUCGGUGAUUCUACAGUCGGAAAAUCUAGUUUGUUGAAAUACUUCACCGAAGGAAAGACCGCCGAGAUUAUCGACCCAACAGUUGGUGUGGAUUUUUAUGCGCGUAUGAUUGAGAUCAAACCAGGAUAUCGUGUAAAAUUGCAAUUAUGGGAUACAGCCGGGCAAGAGAAAUUCAGGUCAAUAACGCGUUCAUAUUAUCGUAACUCAGUUGGUGUGAUCGUUGUCUAUGAUAUUUCAAAUCGUGAAACGUUUGAGCAUGUUGCACAAUGGUUGAAUGAAGCUGAAGCAAAUGUUGGUGGACCGCAGCCGGGACAGUGUGUAUUCCAAUUAGUGGGGCAUAAGGCUGAUUUGAAUGCCGAAAGACAGGCUGGUUUUGUGUUCUUCGUGAUGUAUGAAGAGGGCGAAUAUUUUGCGAAAUAUCAUCGUAUCAAAUUCAUCGAAACGUCGGCCGUGACAGGAGAAAAUGUUGAGGAAGCGUUCACAAUGAUGGCGCGUGAGGUGAAUGCGCGGUUGGAGAGUGGAGCCUUAAGAUUGGUAGACGGUUGGGAGGGUAUAAAAUGUGGAUUGGCAAGGUCAAAGUCAAUCUCAUUAUCCGAUGUAUCCGAGUCGUUUGCACCGUCAUCGUGUUCGUGUUGA